AUGGGCAACGUGCAAUCGAAGGAAGAGUUUGACGCCGCUCAAAACGUCGCACGCGAGCAAGGUCGUCAAGAAAUGCGGAAGAAGAUAGAGGAGUAUCAAAAGACUCGCGAGGACAGACAGCGACAACUGCAGCAAACAGCCCCGGAAGAAGGCGAAGUCGCUGACGAAGGAGAAGUCUCCGAGAGCUCUCGCAGAGACAGCGGCGCCAAUGGAGCUGACAUUGGCGUGAAGAAGGAGAAGACUGAGGAAGAUGAAGAUGUGAUAACUGUUAAGCGAGAGCCGAAAGUGAACGACACAAGCGACAAGCAAGCGAACGAGCGAGCUGCUGUAAAGGCUCGGCUUAUAGAAGCAGAGCAAGAGCUGGCUGCCGCAAGAAAGAAUUGUUCUAGCUCUGCAGAUCCACUGUCCGCAUGGAACGCAAGGAAGCAGCCACGUCAGAAAGAUGCCCCCACUCAGGCACGAAGGGAUACCGCUUCGUUGCCGGUACCCAGUAGAAAGGGAAGCGUGGAGGAGAAUGUCCAAAGCCCCAAGAGGACGGCACCGGAUUCUGGCUUUAGCGACGACAGACGCCCUAUCAAGAAGAAGGCCAGCAUCUCGACCUCAUCGCCUGCAACACCAAAAUCUCCCGAUGGACCUUCGGAACUUCGACAGCCACCCGAAUGGUAUAGGAAACUGAAGGUCACAGGAAUUAGGGACAAGCAAGAUGCUGAAGCUGACCCGCUGCUGAACGGACUCAAGAAUCAGAUUAGGAAGGCACAAGACCAGCGAAGCGGCCUACAAGCCGUGUUCAACGAAGCCCGUGACCGGUUGCAUAAGAUUGCAUUCACUCAAGUCACGAAGCAAGGCCUUCGGAACACUCGGAUACUGGACAAUGAGAAUGGUCUUCCGCAAAUAUUUGACGGAAAGUACGAUCGCGGAGUCUCAUGGCCUUUUGACAUCAAGGCAGAUGCGGAAGAACUGUACAAUAAGUGGUGCAGAGAGGACUUUGAGACGGACUUGAUGCGUGGAAUCAACUGUGGCAAGCCCAAGACAGGCAAGGACAAGGACAAGAAUGACCGCAGUUCUGACAGUCUGCUCGAAGGAUAUCCCAGGCCUGACACCCUUAAAUACGGAAACGGAAAGCUGCUGAACGGACAAUGGUGGCCGACUCAGCUCACUUGCUUGCGAGAUGGGGCGCAUGCGAGUACCCAAGCGGGCAUUGCCGGCGGCAGCAUUGACGAGGGGGAGGGUGCCUACUCCUGUAUCAUGUCCGGUGGACAUGAGUAUAAUGAUGACGAGGAUCAUGGAGAGUGGGUGCUUUACUGCGGCACGGACAGUAAAGACGGACAGACCACAGAGGCGACGAAGCGAAUGAUCAACAGUGUUGGCAAGAAGCCCGUACGCUUGAUCCGCAGCCAUAACCUCAACUCUCCAUGGGCCCCGAUCAAGGGCUUCAGAUACGAUGGUCUCUACGAUGUGGUUGACAAGGAGCGGAUCGAUCCACCGGGACACGUUCGAGCUCGCCACCGAUUCAAGCUUGUGAGGAGAGAAGGUCAAGAUCCCAUUCGGGGUGGAGAUGGUCCAGAGAGGAGGCCGACUGCCCAGGAGGUUAAGGCCUAUGAGAAAGACAAGCAUCUGCGAGGCUUCUAG